AUGACACCGCACGAGGUUCUGCACAAGGUUCUGCACUGGCAGGGUCGGCUGGAGGAUAGGACGAGAAGGAAGAGAAGGACCGGCGAUGUGCUAGCCUAUACCGCGGCACGAAUCAGCGAAGUGGCGCUGCAGAACCCCGACGACCCCUUUUCGGACAUGUCAUCAUCAGCGACGGGCGUAUUUGCCAUGAGGCCUAGUCAACGCCUGUCUCCGCCACGUCUUCAGCAGCAGCCGUAG